AUGGCGCUCGGGCUGCUCAUCGCGGUGCCCCUGCUGCUGCAGGCGGCGCCCCCCGGUGCGGCGCACUACGAGAUGAUGGGCACCUGCCGCAUGAUCUGCGACCCGUACAGCGCCGCGCCCGGAGGGGGCCCCGCGGGCGCCAAGGCGCCGCCGCCCGGACCCAGCACCGCUGCCCUGGAAGUCAUGCAGGACCUCAGCGCCAACCCUCCGCCCCCCUUUAUCCAGGGACCCAAGGGCGACCCAGGGCGACCUGGCAAACCAGGGCCCCGGGGUCCCCCUGGAGAACCUGGUCCGCCUGGGCCCAGAGGCCCUCCAGGGGAGAAGGGCGACUCGGGAAGGCCAGGGCUGCCCGGGCUGCAGCUGACAACGAGCGCGGCCGGUGGCGUCGGAGUGGUGGGCGGCGGAGCCGGGGGCGGCGGCGAUCCCGAGGGCGAAGUGACCAGCGCGCUGAGCGCCGCCUUCAGUGGCCCCAAGAUCGCUUUCUACGUCGGACUCAAGAGCCCCCACGAAGGCUACGAGGUGCUCAAGUUCGACGACGUGGUCACCAAUCUGGGUAAUCACUACGACCCCACCACGGGCAAGUUCAGCUGCCAGGUGCGAGGAAUCUACUUCUUCACCUACCACAUCCUCAUGCGCGGCGGAGACGGCACCAGCAUGUGGGCAGAUCUCUGCAAGAACGGACAGGUCCGAGCCAGCGCCAUCGCUCAAGACGCAGACCAGAACUACGACUACGCCAGUAACAGCGUGGUGUUGCACCUGGAUUCGGGGGACGAGGUGUACGUGAAGCUGGACGGUGGGAAGGCGCACGGUGGCAAUAACAACAAGUACAGCACGUUUUCGGGCUUUCUUCUGUACCCGGAUUAGGGGCGCUGAGGGAGUGCGCGCACACGCUGGGUGGCUUCAAGCUGCCAGGUUCCCGCGGGAGCGCGCGGCUCUUUGGUGAGGGCCACUCUUCAGCUUCAUGACACUUCCUGAUCUUUUUGAUGGAAAAGACACAUCCCUGCUGUCCUCCUUGCCCCGCUCCUGGCCUCAGUGUGUCUGUGACUCACCGAGCUGUAAACUGCGCCCCUGAUUCCUGUGCCGAACCUGGGAAGGGAGAGGGGAUGUCCAAGUAUGAGCUGAGCAUGAACCCGAGCCCUGGAGGCGCAGAGACUGCAAUGUGAUUGGAUUGGACAGACGGCGAGGGAGUCUGCCCUCUCCCAGACCCUCCUCCUUCUCCCAGUGCCCCAGGCCAAGGGCUCCAGGCCCCACCAGGGAGACAGGCCCACAAGAGCAUAGCUCCCUGGGGCUUCCCUUUUUGU